AACUUCAGCUUGCUGUCUAAUGCUGAAGGACAACGCUAUAAAAACUCUGCUGGUCACAAUUGCUCAGUUGGCUCUCUUCUGUAAUUGAGAAAAACAAGUUGUGACUUUUGGAUUUUUAGAGUUCCAUCAUGUGUAAAGGACUUGCAACACUCCCUGCCACCUGCUUGAAAAGUGCUAAAGACAUCAAGCACAAAAUAAGCUUCCUACUCCAGAAGCCUGAACCUCAAGCCGCAGAUCAGAAGGAGAUAAAGGAGAAAACUGCAACGACUGUUACAAAGAGAGUCCCUGAUGCUGCUGAGGUGGAGAAAUGGAAGGAGUCUUUCAGUCAUGUAAUGAGCAGUGAAAUGGGUCGCACAGUUUUUACAAGCUUCUUGAAGUCAGAGUUCAGCCAGGAAAAUGUUGACUUCUGGACUGCUUGUGAGGACUACAAGAAGACUCCACCUUCCAAGAUGGCAACCAAAGCCAAGCAAAUGUACCAGAAAUAUGUUGAGGCAGAUGCUCCAAAUGAGGUAAACUUGGACGCAGCUACUAGAGAAAAAACAAGGCGGGAAAUUGAGAGUGGCAGCCCAUCCUGUUUUGAUGAGGCUCAGAAGAUGAUCUACAAUUUGAUGGAAAAAGACUCUUAUAGAAGGUUCCUGAAAUCCAAAAUGAUUCAAGAAAUAUGCCAGAAAGAGAGUUGUGCUGCUCAAGAGAAGAAAGGCUGUGACUGGCCUGACAGUAGGCAGGUUUUAGCUGGUGGGGCCUAAACACUGGGGUGACAUAAAGAUUUAAAGCAGGAGCCAAAGAUGGAAAGUGCAACAGAGAACUAGACUGAGAGCGACAGAUUAUCAGAAAGAAUUUAUCCUUAAUGGUGACUCAUGUAGGUUUAUCUAGGAUGCCUUUUUUUUUUUUUACUUAUUCAACUUGCUGUCAUUCACUUGUAAAGUUUAGUAGUCAUAUAUUUGACAAAAUCUAAUGCUUUCCAUCUCUGAAUUCACAAUCUGCUGUGUUGUGGUUUUCUGGAGAGAUUGGUAUGGAUAGACCUUGCAUUGUAUUUCCAUUAAUAUAAAAAAAUACAGAUUUCACAAAUAUAUGUAUAGUGACUCCAAAUUAUAACCCUUGUAGGAACUAUAGGUCAGACAUUAAAAUGGAUUACGAUCAAUCUACCUCCAACCAACAAACUAACCUUUAAAAAGCUCUUCACUUUGAAAGACUUUGAACACUUGAAAAAAGGUUAAAAAGACAAGUAAGUACCACAGACUGCUUAAAGACUGCGGGCUGAAUUUUAGUGCAGUUCCAGCACAAAGUUAGUACAAAACCAAAACUUGAUUCAGUUUAUCAACCUGCCAAGACACUCCUUUGCACUUUAGCAAUUUUUUGACUUUUCUUUGGAAUUCAAAAACCUAAAAUCUGACAAAUUUUGAAAUAGAAGCAAAAAGAAACACAUCAAUCAGAUCUUAUGACAAUAUUACUAUUGACAUAUGGUCUGAUUGAUUACAAAACUUCAGUAUUUCAGAUACAGCUAAAAGCACUGUGCAAAUAUAUGUUUUGUCACACAGUAAUGUUUGAAUACAGCCCAGCAUAACAUUAUAACAUUAUAUUUGUGUUGACAAACACAAAUAUUAAGUAUUAAAUAUUAAGUUGGUUGGUAACUAUUCACAAACAAAACAGUUUUACAACAUAAAAAUAUUAGUAUAGUGCACCUUAACUGAAUGCAAGAAAGAUAAAGCCAUUUCAAAAUGAGUUUUAGUGGCAACAGUAAACAGAAUGUUAGAUACAAACACUCUCUAUGGCUUAACAAUUUAAGUUUUUCAUUUUUAUAACUUAUUUUUAAGUCUAUAAUCAAUGUUUAUGGUGGCUUGUGCAACAGCAAAUGAAUGUCUCUGAUGCCUGUUCUCAUUGCUUUGUAAUUCCCAAAAUUCAACAAAACUAUCAAUUGGCUGUGCUGUAUGAACAUCUUGACAUGAGCUAUACACUGUGAAAAUAGCUUAAUCUAAUAUCAGAAUACCAUAUUUUCAUGCUAUAUACUCUCUAAACAUUUUAGAUAAUAGCUAAUUGCUAAUUGUUUUUUAUUGAGGUGUUUUCAACAUUUAUAUGUAAGCCAUGCUGCAUUGCCAAAAACAUGGAUGGUGACUUGCUAGAUAUAAAAGGAGACAUACGUGUUAAAUUAAAAUGUAUACAGUGAUCAUUUGAAAAAACUAUUGAUUCUGUAUGUUGAUAUUAUUCAAUUAUGGUAUUGUCCUAUUUAUCUGUCUGUGAUUGUUCAAAAUAAAGUUGUGCUUCAAAAGUUGU